GACCUACACACGCAGACCGGGGACGGGACCGGGACCUGCAGGAUCCGUGUUCCGGCCGCGGGCCCGCGUCAUGCUCGGCUCGGUGAAGAUGGAAGGGCACGAGGCUCCGGACUGGAGCGGAUACUACAGCGAGGAGGUCUACUCUCCGAUGGGAGGCGGUGGGAUGGGUUCUGGUCUCGGGAUGGGCUCCAUGUCGGGCUACAUGUCCAGCAGCGGGACCACGUCGGGCUCCUUCAACAUGUCCUACGGCGGGACCGGUCUGAGCCCGGCCCCGGUGGGGGGGAUGGGUGGCCCGGCUCCGGCGGCCAUGUCGGGUCUGGGUGGGGGUGUGGCCUCGAUGAGCGGGACUCUGAGCCCGUCCGGCAUGAGCUCGGUGUCGGCCCAGCAGGCGUCGAUGGGCCUGAACCCCUACGGGGGAAUGAGUCCCACCAUGAGCCCCAGCAUGACGUACGGCGGCGGCGGCGGCGUUCUGAACCGAGGACGCGACAACAAGGCGUUCAGACGGAGCUACCCGCACGCCAAACCCCCCUACUCCUACAUCUCCCUCAUCACCAUGGCCAUCCAGCAGGCGCCCAGCAAGAUGCUGACCCUGAGCGAGAUCUACCAGUGGAUCAUGGACCUGUUCCCCUACUACCGGCAGAACCAGCAGCGCUGGCAGAACUCCAUCCGGCACUCGCUGUCCUUCAACGACUGCUUCGUCAAGGUGUCGCGCUCGCCGGACAAACCGGGGAAGGGCUCGUACUGGACCCUGCACCCAGACUCCGGCAACAUGUUCGAGAACGGCUGCUACCUGCGGCGCCAGAAGAGGUUCAAGUGCGAGAAGAAGACGAUGCAGCCGCCGAAGUCUGACGGUAGGAAGGAGCCUGGAGGAGGAAGGUCUCCCUGUGGGGACACCCUCAAACCUCCUGGAGUCCUGGACUCCUCAUCCCUGCCCUCCUCCAGCCAGGCAUCCUCGCCUCCCGGUGGUCUGGACCUGAAGGUGUCUGGCUCCCAGCUGCUGUCCUCCCUGUCGUUACCCCCCCACUCCAUUGUGCACGAGUCCCAGCUGCACCUGAAAGGAGACCCCCACUACUCCUUCAACCACCCGUUCUCCAUCAAUAACUUAAUGUCGUCCUCGGAGCAGCAACACAAACUGGACCUGAAGGCCUACGAGGCACUGCAGUACUCCUCCUACGGCGCCGGUGGUGGGGCGUCCGGCCUCGGAGGGAGGACCGUGGACCACCUGGAGGCCUCCUACUACCAGGGGGUCUAUCCAAGACCGCUCCUCAACACCUCCUAGUACCCUGCUCCUCCUGGACUCUGACUCUCUGCAUGCAGCAGUUCCUGGACUUCCUUUCUAGACUGUGAUGAGGCUGAACUGGAUCGACUGACCUGAACUACUGCACUGUGACUCAAAACCAGGACUCAAAACCAGGACUCAAAACCAGGACUCAAAGAGACGUGUUUAAUGCUCAAAAACUGAUCCCAGGUCUGAGUUCUCCUUUUACACACCAGGUCCCAAACAACCAGGAGGUCUUAAAGGUAGUCGGGACUCCCUGUUAAAAACAUCUGGACCUAAAUAAAUACCCAGAAAACCGAACUGGUUUGUUUGUAAACCGGUUUACUGGGAAUCCUUCAGCGGACCCUCAAGGUCCCUAAAAGCUGCAGCUUCACUAUAAAUACUUUUUUUAGGGGAAAUUAGAUUUUAAAAUUGAACGUGGUCCCCAACUGGUGGAUCCGGUCUUCUAAUCUGAAGGAGCGGUUCAUUUCUAAACUGCGUUGGUUUUACUUUGGCGGGGAUUUGCUGAUGCUUCCUGUUUGUUCAGGUCAUUUUAAAAUCUUAAUUAAAUAAAAGAAGAAUAAAUUAAAUUCAAACUAACAUUGUUUAUUUAUUUUUUACAUUAUUAACGUGCAGAGGGCCCUCAGAGGCCCCUCAAAGGCCCCUCAGAGGGCCCUGGGACCCGGGCCGCAGGUUGAUGACUUUGAUCAGAAAUAAAUAUGACAAGGAUUCAUUUCUCCCACGACCUCGUCUACCUCUCCGCUGACCUCGAGAAGGGUCGCGACCCUCAGAGUGAGAAACCCCCACACAGAUCAAAGGCUUCUGGUUUAAAGGGGAGCGGCUGUGUGUCGUCUGUAUCC